CCAUGUGGUCGGUUGCUGCAAUGAUGCAGACCAACAUUUCUUUAGGCCCACUAUGUGCACUCAGUGCUGUAACAUUAUUUCCAUGCAGCAAGCUUUUACAUUUAACUACUACAUGGACUGAAGCGUUUGUGCCAAGCUCUGUAAGUAACACUGAAGGUUCGGUUUCAUCUUAAAACUGGCAAAUAUGGUGAUUUUUAUUUAAGCAUGAGCAACAUAUAAAAAAAAAAUGUUUUCUUAUUUUAUUAAUAUCACUGUCUGGUUGCUGGCUGUUCUGAAUUAAAUUUGCACAUGACUUGAGGGAGACACAAAGCUGAUGAUUAAUGUGGUGAAGCCAAAGCUGGACUUUCACACUGUUGGCCAUGCCGUGGACUUGGACGUGCACCUGUAAAGACUGUUCAAGGAAUCGCAUUUUAAAGGUGAGCUUUUUCUAUCAUUUCCACGUAACUGAGGACAAUGUAAAAUCUGUUAAAAUUAACUUAUCAUAGUCAAUUUUAAAGAUUUCAUUAUUCUAACCUGCUUUCAUGUUUUCUCUCCAGUCUGUACUGCUUUCUGAGUCUAGUUAUGAAAGAGGUGCUGCCGUGUCCUAAUGAUCUGCCUGAGUUGGACUCGGUAGAGGUUAGAGAACCUCAGGAAAUCCAUAAGUCCCCAGGUUUCAGAUCUUCAUCCCCGAAUGGAUCUAAUGUCCUGGCAUUUUUCAAGAGGAAUACUUUUGUUGUUCUUAUGAUGUCUGCUGUUGCAUUCGGGAUUGGUCUGGGCUUUGCUCUGCGGCACAUUAAUCUGUCAGCCAGGGAUAUAAAAUAUUUAACCUUUCCUGGAGAACUGCUGAUGAGAAUCCUGCAGAUGUUGGUGCUUCCUCUCAUCAUUUCCAGUCUGAUUACAGGAAUGUCAUCUGUGGACAGAAAGGCUCAUGGGAAAAUUGGGCAAAGGGCCCUCGGCUUUUAUAUGGUCACCACGGUUAUUGCUGCAUUUACUGGCAUUGCCUUAGCUCUUCUUAUCCAACCGGGGAAAUCAUCCAGGACUGCCUCGGUGUCCUCUAGUGGUGAUGCAGAGGCUGUGCAGACAGUGGACUCCUUUCUAGAUCUCAUCAGAAACAUGAUUCCUUCAAAUUUGGUGGAGGCUUGUCUCAGAAAGUAUAAAACAGUUUAUUCCAGAGAGACUCGAGGUGUCGUCAAUACGACAGAGACCAGUGAGAACAAUGACAGAGUACCAGUGCCGGGCACCUCAGAUGGACUCAAUCUUUUGGGUCUGUUGGUUUUCUGUGUUGCCUUUGGCCUCACACUGGGCAGGAUGGAGACUGAGGGAAAACUUCUGAGGGAUUUCUUUGACUGCCUGAAUAAAACCAUCAUGCGUUUGGUCAACAUAGUCAUCUGGUAUUCUCCGGUGGGAACCCUCUUCCUGAUGGCAGGACAGAUUGUGAAGAUGACAGACACCGGAGAGACAGGUCGUGAAGUUGCCAUGUAUUGUCUCACUGUGAUCACUGGCCUACUAAUCCACAGCUUGUUCACGCUGCCCCUCAUCUAUUUCAUGGUUACACGUAAGAAUCCCUUCAGGUUUAUGGGUGGUCUACUCCAGGCACUCACCACUGCCUUUGGGACGUCAUCCAGUUCUGCAACCCUACCUGUUACCCUCCACUGUAUGGAGAAAUAUCACUACAUGGACAAAGUGGCACGCUUCAUGCUGCCUAUUGGUGCCACAAUGAACAUGGAUGGUGCGGCGCUCUAUGAAGCUGUAGCUGCUUUAUUUAUUGCCCAGGUUAAUAAUAUGGAGUUUAACCUGGGUCAAAUCAUUGUCCUCAGUUUGAUUGUCACAGCCGCAAGCACCGGUGCAGCAGGCAUCCCACAGGCUGGCUUUGUCUCCAUGGUGAUUGUGUUGGUGUCAGUUGGACUGCCCACUGAAGACAUAUCACUGCUGUUGAUUUUUGAUUGGAUUCUGGAUCGUCUAAGGACUACCACCAACGUGCUCGGUGACUGUAUCGGUGUGGGCGUAGUUCAACAUCUGUCCAGACAUGAGCUUCAAGGGUUUCAGCUCUGAUCUUCAUGAGGCUCGACACCAUCGAUACGAUAUGUUAUCACUGAUUGAUAACAAAAAGUACUGCCCAGUACACACAGUUACCAUCGGGAACAUGUUUGAGGAAUUAAUAGCACACUGCAGAUUUGCAAAUUUGAAACAUGAAAUGGUGGAGUUCUGCAAACAGUAUGUUGGAUAUGAAAUGUUCCGACCAAGUAAUUUGACUGGACAAGAGUUGUUCCACGAGUUCUGAUAUAGAGAAUAGCAACACGUAUCACUCCGCUUUACAACUGUUCUAACAACUGUUAUAAUAAUGAAUCGUCUUCUUCAUUUAUCUUAGAUUCUAACAAACUUUGAACUUGAUCAGCCACCGUCAGUAAUCAAUGCACAACCAUCAGUUUAGGAAAGAGACAAAAAAGAUUUCUCACUAAAAUAAGAGCCGGUUAGUGGAUCAGGUACACGCCAAAUUAAACACUGACUCAAAACAAUUAAUUCACCGUCUGUUAUGUUUCGUGUUGCUGUCAUGAGUUUUUCUUGGCCAUUACCAAAGUAUCUUUGAUGCUAAAUAUACUAACCGUAUAAAAUAUAUAACACAGGCCUUACAUGAGGUUAUCAGUGUAAACAUGAGAAGAGCAGCACACUGUUUCCUUUGUUGUAACUGAACAGUUUAUCACCACCUGGUGGCAGAAAAGUCAGCAUGCAAGACAAGAGAAAUAUCUCAAUGACCCAGUUGGACAUGGACAAUUGCAAAUACAUAAACAGCUUUUUAAUACUACGCAGUAACACAAUUUCUGAAAACAUAAUGUGGGCGUGGAAUUUAAAUAUGAUUUCCUACAGAAGUGUUUCUGGACAACAAAACAUAACAUUAAAAGAUCAUCAGAAGAAGAUGAUAAGCCUUUCUUGGAAAUAAGGCAGAUUAUUAAUUUAUUAAUGACAGUUAGUCAUUCAAAUAUUGUUCUCAAACAGCUAAAACUAUCUACUGUACAUUGAAGUACAGUUCAUGUCUGAACUGUACAGGAUCUCUGGGGGAAAACAUGUUAUUUCUGUCACAAGUCAGGGCAUGUUGCAGUAUUUCUGCGCUGUGCAAAAUAGCGUUAUUAAUAGAAAACUGUAAACGCGCCCGAAAUGCAUUAUUCUACCAUCAGCCAAUGGCAGGAGAAGAAUGGGAAACUGUGGCUGCUCCCUCCGGGCGAUGUCAGUGGCAUCUCUCUGACAUUGCACUCAUCGCCCGGAGCUCAGUGCAGCUGUGUGUAGAGCAGGAGGGAGGGAGAAAGAGAGGGAGGGAGGUGUAGGAGGAGGAGGAGGAGGAGGAGGAGGGGGAGUCAGCAUCAGAGCCAGCGAGCAAGAGAAAGGGAGGGGAAACUCGUGUGGAGGAGGGGUUUCACCAGGAGUGAGAGAGCUUAAAAGAGAUGCUGAGAAAAAGUAAAGAGAGAGAGAGAGAGGCUGUAUGUGAGAGAGGAAGAUGCUGUUGCCAGGGAACAGCGGUGAAGUAGAUCCGUCCGUCUUUUCCAGCUCACGGGAGAAUGAAAACACGUUAAAUCAUGGAUGUGAAAUGGACUGAACAUGGACAGAAGAUAAACAACUGAUUCUGAAUCCAGGCAGCUCGGAGAGAAACAAAGAGAAGGAGGACACCAUUUGUCUCUCAGCCUCCAUCAGAAAACACCCAGACCCUCCCAGUCCUGAGCACACACGAGUGUCCCACCUGCAGACGUAAACAGACGAUGAGCCU